AGCAGGGCAGAGCAUGUUGGGAAACAUCCUCACAGAGAAAACGCGAUAAUGUCUCUCCAAGCUGGGUUACUACGAACAACUUAGAGGCGGAAAAGCUCCGUGCUCUUCAUUUAACGACCGCUUAAAACGAUAUUCCACCCCGGGCUUCGAUAGUAGUUACAGCUUGCCAUUAACGCCGAUUCCUUUCCGUUUUGUCAACAGUAAGAGCCUGAGGGAAACCCGUUAGCCUCUGAGCUAACCGAGAAGCUAACUCCCCGAGGGACAGAAGCAACCAGUUUCAUUGAAGCCAAAAACACGAACAUGUCUUAAAAACAGACAAACUGGAGAUUUAGUGGAUCCUGGGAUGUUUAAUGAGUUUCUCGUUUAAGUGGAAAACAAGUUUGAUCGGCUGAUCAAAUCCCAUUUCCAACAUUUCGACGGACUAAAUGUCAAGUAAUGAAGGAGGAGCAGUCGGAACCAGAAUCCCAGCCGAUGGCGACGAAGAACAGGGAUCCAGAACCUCAGUCAGUCAAAGAAGAAGCGGGAGAGUUUCGCCUCCAUCAGGAUGAAGAGAAGCUUUUAAUUAAGCAGGAGGUAGAAACGGUUUUGGUGACUUCUGUCCAUGAGGACGUCGUCAACAAUGUACCGCAACUGGAGCAGAUGAGGGAGACUGGUAAGCAGGUUAAAGAGGAACCAGAACCGGUGCUGAUUAAGGAGGAACAGGAGGACCAGGAUGAAAAGUGGCUUGUUGUGAAGCAAGAGAUUAAAGAAGAGAAUCAACCAGAACCAAACAAAACCAAACUUUUCUCUGAAAACUCUCCUGAUGGUGAGAACCAUCAACAAGGAAGCAACCUGAAAGCCUUGGGAUCAAAUAGAGAUAAAGAGCCAAAGCCGAGAAAGAAACGGUAUAAAAAGAACCUGCCUUCCUGUGAAACAUGCGGCCAAACGUUCACUCAACUUCGAUACCUGACGGCUCACCUGAGGACUCACAAAGACGGGAAGCCUUUCCAGUGUGCGACCUGCGGAAAAGGUUUCAACAAGCAGAAUAACUUGACCGUCCACAUGAGAAUUCACACAGGAGAGAAACCCUACCCUUGUGAACUGUGUGAUAAAUCCUUCAGAACCACCAGUCAGUGGGCCAGCCACACAAAAAUCCACAUCGCUGGGAAUCCUUUCCGAUGCGAGACCUGUGGGAAAACCUUCACCAAGCAAAACAACCUAACUAAACACGAAAGGGUUCAUACGGGCGAGAAGCCCUAUCCAUGUGAACUGUGUGAUAAAUCCUUCAGAACCACCAGCCAGUGGGCCAGCCACACAAGAACCCACACAGGCGAGAAGCCCUGUUCCUGCUCAACUUGUGGGAAAGGUUUCUCCAGACGCUACGAUUUGAACGUCCACAUGAGAACGCACACGGGUGAGAAGCCUUUCUCGUGUCAUAUUUGCGGGGAACGUUUCAUCAGGAAGAUCACCUUCAACUUUCACGUGAGAGCUCACACAAAGGGGAAGCCCUUUGCCUGCAAGGUCUGUGACUCGUCUUUUAACUACAGCUACGAUCUGGCUCGUCACAUGAGGAUUCACACAGGCGAGAAGCCAUUCCCGUGCCUGACCUGUGGGAAAACCUUCAGGGAGCGAGGAAGUCUGAACGGACACAUCCGAAUUCACACGGGCGAGAAGCCCCAUGUCUGCUUGGACUGUGGGAAAAGUUUUGCUCGAAAGCACAACUUGACUAUUCACAUGAGAACCCACACAGGCGAGAAGCCAUAUUCCUGUGAUAUAUGUGGAAGGUCUUUCACUGACAACACUAUCCUGCUCAAUCAUGUCAGAACCCACUCGGGUGAAAAGUCUUUCUCAUGUCCAUAUUGUGGUAAAAGUUUCACCAAGAAAUACACAUUAACUGUCCACAUGAGGACUCACACAGGCGAGAAACCGUUUUCCUGCGAGUCGUGUGGAGAGGCCUUUAUUUCCAGAGGCAAACUGACUAAACAUGUGUGUUAAAUGAGCCUCCAGUUGGUUUUACUUGCAUUAGUUUUACCCUUUUUGUUUACUUAAAAAUGGGUCAAAUCUGAUCUGUUAUGACUGAACCUGUCUGGAUUUGGAGUAACAGCACCACCUACUGGACAAAUAAUCUUAUUGUUAUUGUUUAUUGUUCAGGAAUUGAUUAGUUGAAGAAAGAAAACGGAUUAUGGAGAAACAUCAGAUUUUUCUCCAGACUUUUUCUUGUCUUCAGUUUUCUAAAAAGCAAAAAUCUUAUUAAUGCUUAAUAAAAGUACUUAUAUUGGUUUAAAAUAAAUAAUAAUUAUCUUUGAUUUACCCAUCAGUACUUUGAUUUUGGAAUGACUGAGUGCACUUGUACAAUGAAGCAAAAAAAAAUAAAAAAUUUUGGACUUCAGUCAAAUUCAAAUCCAGGUUAAAAUGACAAUAAAUUAAAAGUAUUUCUGCUCAUUUUUAUGAACAAAAUAAGGUACCAAAUUUCACAAGCUACAUUUUAGAGUUUGUGGUUGAUAUGAGAGGCUUGGCAGAAACUCCGGGUUUAUAACUAAAGGUACAGUUACAUUCAGUAAAGUGGAAAAUACGCCCCAGUGAGGCUCAUCUGUCAGAAUUAAACAGAACAUUUAAGUUUAAUGUUAAGUUAAAAUUUAGUAAGUGAAAAAUCAUAACAGGAAAAAAACGUGUUCAUGGAUUUGUCUGAAUAUUUAAUCUGCAUAGUGUUUGACGUGGUGUUCCUGAAAUGAAUGUAUUUUUCUUUAAUAUUCUGAUUUAUUAAAUCAGACUGUAUUUUUUAUUCAACAGCUCAGAAUGUAAUAAAUAUAAUCUAUAUUAAGUGAACUUUAAACUCCAUGCUGUUCUGAAACGUUUAUUUUCUCCCACCGUUUGAUUUAAUUACUCCAAAUAAAAUCAUAAAGCCUUUUUCUUUAAAAGCCUCAUUAACAGUUAACUUCUGAUAAAUCAUCAGUUUGGAAAAUAUGUUUAAGUAAAUUUAUUAUUUCAAUCAUUAAUCUGUUUUUAAUCAUUAAUCACACUUUAUAUUUUUUUCUGUUUUAUUACAAAACAGUGUAAGUGUGACUAACAUUAAUACAAGUUAUCUCCCUGUAAAUGUGUGAUUCUCUUGUUUCUGUUGCAUCUGUAAUCAGUUAUGAGACUAACUGAAAUAUUUUAUACACUAAUAUUAAAUAAUGUACUUUAACAACCCCUAUAACAUCCUUGCAAUUGUUUUGGACUCUAUGAUCUUCUGACUCUUAACUCAUUUUUGACUGCUACUUUUCUUUUCUUCAUUUUUUGUCAUUUUUUUAUUAACCAAGCACUUCUCCCUUAUUUAACAAAAUAUUUUUUAUUUAUUUAGGCUAACUUUGCAUAAGACAAUGGAAAAACAACAUUUAUUUAAGGAGGCGCAUGAUUUUAAUCAUUAUUUUUUACUUUUCCAGCACUUUUUAAACUUCCCCUGACAGAUCAUCGCUUUAGGAUGAGCGUUAUCAUGUAAUAAUGUUCUGAUCUGCUGAUUAUUGGUUUGUUAAAGUGAAUGUGAAGAAGACAUGUCAAAUUAAA